AAGCAUAGUGCUCUGUCUGCUCUCCUGGGAAUAUUUUCCCAUCAUAUAAACAUUUACCUGCUGCUGUGCUGGAGCUGACACCGGCAGGAGGAGGAGGGUGACGGCGCGAGGAGUCCCCGAGGCUGCAGGUGUAGCGGUCACUGCCCAUCCUGGCGAGCAGCAGCAGGUGGUCAGGGUCAAGGGUCAAGCUUUCUGUAACCAUGAGGCAGGCGGUGGAGGCUCAGGUGUUAAGUCCGCACUGUGAGUUGGGAGAACACGGUUUGCGUCAGAUCCUGUCUGACGUCAUAGAUGAGGUGAGGCAGUCUGUGAGUCAGGACAUCGACGGAGCAGAGAUCCUCCACAGUCUGCUCAACGCCGCCUGGCUGCAGUCACUUCUCAAGGUUUAUGAGUGUUUGCAAAGAUAUCUAAGAGAUUCUCCUGCACCAGCUCUGGAUUACUCUUCGGGACUCUCGCUUGAGUUGCUGAUUGAUAUCAGGUCCUUACCAAGUUGCUCUGAAGAGGCCAAAGAGCUGUACCAUCUUCUGCGACAGCCACACCUGCAGGCCCUUCUUUCGGCUCAUGAUACAAUAGCCCUGAAGGACUAUGAGCCGGUGUUGCCCCCAAUGCCGGAAGACCUGCCGGACGAUGAGGAGGCCACCCGGAUCGUCUGCCUGGUGAAGAAUAAACAGCCACUGGGAGCAACUAUAAAGAGAAACGAGAUCACAGGGGAGAUUUUUAUAGCUCGGGUGAUUCAUGGAGGGCUGGCAGAUCGCAGUGGUCUACUCCAUGCAGGGGACCGGAUCAUAGAGGUGAACGGUUUUCCUGUGGACGGGAUGGAGCCUGAGCAAGUUAUCCAAGUUGUGCAAGCUCGGUCGCAUGGCACCAUCAUGUUCAAAGUCAUUCCCAUCACAGAAAGGCCGGUCCACAACCAGACCAUGCUGUACGUACGGGCCAUGACUGACUACAGCCCUCAGCAGGACCCGGCCAUCCCUUGCGCCGAUGCCGGCAUGAGUUUCAGAAGAGGCGACAUCCUGGAGAUUGUGGACCAGACAGAUGCCCUCUGGUGGCAGGCAAAGAAACUACCCAGCAGCACAGCAUGUGCUGGCCUCAUCCCCUCCACCAACCUCCUCAAACGGAAGCAGAGGGAGUUCUGGUGGUUGCAGCCUUACCAGCCACACACCUGCAUUCAGACCUUGAGCACUGUAGAGGAAGAGGAAGACUUGAUGGCCAUUGAUGACAAAUGUGUGGAAGCAGACGAGGAGGCAUUUGAUUCUGAGGAGCUCAGAGAAGAGGAGGAUGACUUUAGCAGCAACAUUGAAGGAAUAUAUUUAGCGGGCUUUAGGCGCAGCAUGCGUCUGUGUCGGAGGCGGGCUCACAGCACCACCCAGCCGUCCUGCCACACCCGUUGCCCCAGCAGCUGCUACAGUGCCCUCAACAGUCCAUAUGAGGAGGUGGUUCGUUACCAGCGCCACCCGGAGGAUGUACACCGCCUCAUCGCCCUCUUAGGUCCGUCUGGUGUAGGUGUGAAUGAACUUCGAAGGCGUUUGGCUGAGAUGAACCCAAACAUCUUCCAGGGACCAGUGCCGUACACUACAAGAGCACCCAGAGGAUAUGAGGAAUCUGGCAGAGAAUAUUUCUUCGUCAGCCGAGAAGUCUUUGAGAACAUGGUUUAUCACAACAGGUUUCUGGAGUACGGCGAGCACAAAGGGAACAUGUACGGCACCAGCAUCGAGUCUGCAAAGGAGGUUUUAAACAACGGCAAGAUCUGCGUCAUCGACAUCGAGCCAAACGCCCUCCAGGCAGUGAGGACACACGAACUGAGGGCCUUCGUCAUCUAUGUUAAGCCUCCGACUCUGGAGCGCCUCAGGGUGACGAGACAGGACUCGUACAUCACCACCAACUACUACGUCAACCGGCCAUUCAAAGAUGAAGACUUCCAGGAGAUGGAGGAAGCAGCACGGAAGAUCGAGUCAAACUACUGGCAGUUCUUCGAUCAUGUGAUCAUCAACGAUGAGCUACAGGACUCCUGCGUCGAGCUCCUGACAGCAGUGAUGAAGGCACAGGACGAGCCACAGUGGGUCCCUGCCAGCUGGAUUCGACCCACGUCUGAGUCCUAGGAGCGAAGUAGAGGAGAGGACGUCGGGUCAAAACAGUGAUUUUUUUUUUUUUUUACUGUACAGUUUAAAAAAAAAUGAAAACCUGACAUGUAAAUUCAGUGAUUGCUUUUCUAAAUAUACUGAUGUGUGUGUGUGACGCAUGUGAGCUGGACUUUAAGUCUCUUCAAAUCCCCAAAGAUGAAAUGAAGCUGGAUCCAAGCUCAAAGAAAUCCCUGAAUUUGUGUUUGUUUGUCACAGUUUUGUUUUUUAUUUUUUCAGUCAGCAGGAACACAUUCAGCACCUCUUUAACCAAAGACGCCCGCAGGACUUAAAUUCAAACAAAACUGCCUCUUUUCCUGCCCUCCUCCCCGUUCUUGUACACGGACCUCCAAUAAAAGAAACGUAUAUAUUAAGCAUGUUUUCCCCCUUUGGUCAUAAAUGACUUCUUGAUGCAUUCCAACCUAAAAUGAGAUAUUUUCAUGUCAAAUGGUGGGUAAAAUGAACAACCAAAGUAAAUAAAAACAAAAAAGAUUUUGUAUCUUUAAAGGUAUGUUACUGUACACCCAAAGCACUGAUGUUUGCUAAUCCUUGAAAGUAAAAAAAACAACAACAAAAAAACAGUUUGCAACAACCUUCUUAUAGUAAUUUAUGCAUUUGUUUGCAUAUCAAUUU